AUGGCUCCAAAGCUCAAAACGGGCACACGAGGGCCUGCCAGGAAAAGGGAUUCCCCAAUCAAGCUAUGCUGUGCUUACAAGCGAUGCAAGAGUGGAAUCGAUGUUAAAAAUAUCGGCAAAGACCUGCAAGUGAAGAAGAACAAGGUGAACCUUGAGAAAUGCCGUGACUCGCAGCAUGCAGCCGCUAAGGUGAUUCGCUUUUGCUGCCUUCGCCACAAAACGCUGUGCCUGAAUCCAAAGCCAGAGCCGGCUAAGAAACGGGGGCCCCGAACGACUUUGAACAAGAAGCAGAUUCUUCAUUUGAUGGAGGUGCUGAGGCAAGACGGGGCGCCCUGGGUUUGCGUGGCAAUUCUCAUUCAGCUUGCUCUUGCCGAACGUGGCGGGGCCACGAUGCAGUGUCGGUUCCGCUGGCUCCAGAACUUAGCGCCUGAGGAUCACGGAGUCCCACAGAUCUCUGUGGAAAAGGUGAACCGCAAGACAAACGCGCGGGACGUGCCGAUCCCGGCGGCCCUGGCCAGCUUGCUGCAUCGAUGGCUGCAUGACGCACCCUUAUGUGGCUGUAACAGCCAGUGGCCGUUCCAGAAUCAGGACACCGCGCCAGACAACUACCUUUUUGCUUCCCGUACAGUAUCUGGCGAGAGAGUAUGGAAUCAACCCAUGACCCGAGAGGCAUAUCAGCUAAGAUUGAGAAGAGCAAGCGAGAUCAUCGGACAGGAGCGAGCCAAUACGCGACAGGCAGGGGGGGAGGAGCACUGCUUUGAAAAGGUUGACCUGACGAAGAUCGGGACCCAUACCUUCAAGCGAUCAUCCAUCACGCUCUUAUCAGCGAUUUGCACCUCCCCAGCGGUUCUAGAAGCAAUAUCGGCCACAUCAAGCGGGACUUUGGACAGAUAUUACGAUGAUCCCACUCCAGAUAGACAGAUCCAAGCUUUGGAUACUGCAUUCGGCCCGGUCUGGCGAAGAAUGACUGGGAAAAGCACUCCUUUGGAGGCUGCCAGCACCGAACCUCCCAAGAGAAAGCGGUCUGCAGAUCCGUCGGACCUGAGCGGUGCGGCAGAUGUCGAUGCUGAUGAGAUUCGAUUCUGUGCUAGAUGUGGCGAACCACGUACAGAUCUCAGAUGGAAGGGGUGCCCGUUUUGCUGCAGACCUUACAAGUGA